AUGAAAAACCUUAUUUUUCUUCUGUACGCGAUUCUGGUGCCCAGUUUAAACGCUAUCCCCGUAGAUGUUAUCCAGAGAAAUAUUCCAGUGGAAGUGAGAUACGACCAGAUCCUUCCAGGAAUUGUAUCGAGGGAGCAAGUUCUUAUGCACGGAAGACGGAACUUAGAUGCAAAGGUGCAAUUAUCUUCAGACGAACUGCCUCAAGUGCUGAAACAUUUACCGAUUCCAGUUGACUCUGAUCUCGUUCCGGAAAUUGUUAGCGAGGAAAAAGUUCAGGUCGCACCAAAAGUCGAAAACAAUGCAGUUAAAUCUUUAAUUCAACCUGAAAAUCAAGAAAGUGUUGAAGUUGUUCCCGAAAAGCCUAUUGAUAUUCCAAUAGAGGUUCCAGAGACACCUUUCGUGAAAUCUUUAAUAGCUCCAGAACCGCUUAGUGAUUCGAACACUGUUCUGCAAAAAGCAGCUCCAAAACCUGCCCAGACUUUAGACAGUGUCUUACAAGAGACUCAGAAUAUUUUUAGACUUGGUCUUAAAAAUUUGAAAGAUUCUUUUAAACCAAAUAAAGGUGAGUUAAGUCCCACUGCAGAACAAUGGGCAACGUUGGAAAAACAAGUUGACGAAUACUUCUCCGAAGAAAAGCAGAAACUUGCUAUUAGACAAUCUGCACCAGUGGAAGGUGGAUCUACAGUAACACCAGUAGCCCAACAACCUCAAAAUAACUGGGUUCAGAAUAUCGUUAAUGGAAUUAAUGGAAUUGCUAGUAACUUUGUCCAGAGUAUACAAAGUAUAGGAGGUGCUACCAGCGGUGGAGCUCAACCUCCUAAUGGACAAGGAGAUGAAGGAGCAGCAGCGGCAGGUGCACCACCAAGUAACGGAUUCCAAGGUUUCGUUCAGUUUUUCAAUAACGGCAUAAGCAACAUUGUAUCUACCAUCACGGGCACAAAUAAUCAAGCUACGACCUCAAAUAACAACCUUAGUGAUCCUGGUAGCGGUGCAACACCAGCGCCUGGUAAUGUUAUAGGAGGAUUUUUUGGUACCAUUGUAAGUAAUGUACAAAAUGCUUUUGGCAUUCAACCACCACAAGGAGCACAAGGCGACACUGGGUCACAGCAACAAAAUGGACCAGUACAAGUGAUUCAAUCAGUGGGAACUCCAAAAAGUAUUAACUAUGAACCCAAAACAGUCUAUUUGCAAGCAAUAAUAGGUAAUGCCAUAUCAAACUUCUUUGGAGGAAACAGGCCUCCAUCCAAUAGUCAAGGAGAUGAAGGUGCACCGGCACAACCAGGAAAUACCAAUAUAAUUCAAAAUAUUCAAAACGCUAUCCAAAAUAGUCCAUUAAAUCCGUUCAGACCACAAAACGGACAAACUCAGGUCAAUGCAAAUCCAGUUCAACAAGCUGUUCAAACUAUUGGAACACAAGUACAGCAACUAAUACCAACUGGAGGAAAUGGAGCUAGUGCACAACCCCAACCAGUUACUUCAAGCCCUGCUAAAAAACCUAUAUCUGUUCAACCUGCUUCUGAAGACGUGCAACCUGUGGAAGCUGUUCCAGUUUUAGAAAAUGAGAAUCCAAUUAAGGAAAACGAAAUUGUUAAAAAACAACUUCCUUUAGAUGUUAAAUAA